CGCGGUUGGAGCAGCAGCAGCAGCAGGAGGAUCCAGUCCGCUCCGCACCGACUCUCCAUGUUGAAGGGGAGCGAGCAACUUCUCCUCCUCUAGCCGACUUCCACCGUCCGACGUACCCCCUCGACCCCGCCGUCUCCUCGCACAAGCCCCGUGCUAUGACGCUGGACCGGAGAGGAAGCCGUGGAACUACCAUAUGAGCGCCUCGCUGGUCGACAGAGAGUGAGACAGGCUGCUCCAACAAAGGCUUCUGGAUGCUGUGCCUCCUGCGGCUCAGGUGAAAGAGGACGAGCCGGUUGUCAGGAUGAAGGAGGAGAAUUUGUUCCAUCGGAGGUUUUCUCUGUGCCCCAGUGCCACCUCCCCACCCAAAAUUGACCCCCGCACCCUCACCCGGAACCUGUCUUAUGGAGGAGACAACGACCUCUACAACCUCAGUCCAGGCAGUGAGACAGACAGGAACGGUCUCUCCAUGCUGAGUAAUGAACUUAGUCCUGCCCAAUCACCAGGCAGCAAGUCUGAGUCCAGGAUGUUUAAUGGUGUUGAGAAGGACUGCCCCUCUCCCACUGAGAAGCUGGCCCGGAAGGAGUCUCUCAAGGUCCAAAAGCAGAAUUACAGGCAAGAGAAGAAGAGGGCAACUAAAGAACUGUUCAGUGCACUCAAGGACCCCAGCGUUGUCAUUAUGUCUAACUGGCUAAAGAUCCGUGGCUCGUUAAAGAGUUGGACCAAGCUGUGGUGUGCACUAAAGCCGGGAGUUCUUUUGAUCUAUAAAACCCCGAAAACAGAUCACUGGGUGGGCACCAUUCUGCUCAGUGCCUGCAAGCUGAUUGAGAGACCCUCUAAGAAGGAUGGAUUCUGUUUCAAACUCUACCACCCACUGGACAAAUCAAUAUGGGCUGUUAAGGGUCCCAAAGGAGAGAAUGUUGGCUCCAUCACGCAGCCUCUACCCAGCAACUACCUUAUCUUCAGAGCUGCCUCUGAGUCUGAUGGCCGGUGCUGGAUGGAUGCCCUGGAGCUGGCUCUCAGCUGCUCCAGUCUGUACAAGCUGACAGCCAAAGCUGGGAAAGAAGGAGAUAUCAGCAUGUCUUCAGAGUCCUCCCAUAUCCUCCACCUUCUGCAGUCGACUGCACUCACUGAUACAGAGCUACUACAGCCUCAUGCUUUUCUGUUUAAGCACUGUUUACAUCCUACAUUAGACAUCCCUUUCCCUCCUCACACCUCUCCCUCCUCCCUCUCACCUCCUCCGUGGCUACACAUUCCCCCUGGCCAUCCUCCUCAGCAGUCCCUCCUUCCUGCUCUGCUCCCAGCCAAUCGCAGCAGCUUGUACAAUCACAUGACUGACAGGGGAGCAGGAAGAUGGAGCACAAUAUUGAAUGACACAGUGCUGCUGGGCAAUCACCACAUGGAGCAUGACGGCUUUUCAGACAAAUCGGAGCGAGAAGCUCAUGACGACUGGGAUACUACAGCCAAUGAGAACGGUGGAAGGCUGACAGAGGAGAGCGACAUGGACCAAUCAGACGAGCUGUCCCCCGGGCCACAGGCCACAGCCUAUGUAGAGCAGAGCACAGAGGAGAUGGCUGAGGCUGGGGAGGCGUCUCAGGUAGAGACUGUGUCCGAGGAGAACAAGGGUCUGAUCUGGAGCCUGCUGAAGCAGCUGCGGCCGGGAAUGGACCUGUCUAAGGUGGUGCUGCCGACCUUCAUCCUGGAGCCACGUUCCUUCCUGGACAAGCUGUCUGACUACUACUACCACGCCGAUCUGCUCUCACAAGCUGCACUGGAGGAGAGUGCAUAUGGUCGAAUCAAGCAAGUUUUGAGAUGGUACUUGUCUGGUUUCUACAAGAAACCCAAGGGUCUGAAAAAGCCUUACAACCCAAUCCUGGGGGAGACGUUUCGCUGCUGCUGGCUCCAUCCUCAGACUAACAGCUGCACUUUCUACAUAGCUGAGCAGGUGUCCCACCAUCCGCCCAUCUCUGCCUUUUAUGUCUGCAAUAGAAAAGAUGGUUUUUCUAUCAGUGGAAGCAUCCUGGCCAAGUCCAAGUUCUACGGUAAUUCUCUGUCAGCUAUUCUGGAUGGCAAAGCCAGGCUGCUGUUCCUGAGCAGGGAUGAGGAGUACGUCAUCACCAUGCCGUACGCUCACUGCAAAGGUAUCCUGUAUGGAACUAUGACACUAGAGCUGGGAGGGAAAGUUACCAUUGAGUGCGAGAAAACAAAAUGUUUCACAGAGCUGGAGUUCAAACUGAAGCCUUUCCUUGGAGGCCCCUGCUCUGUGAAUCAGAUCAGUGGGAAGAUCUUUGUUGGAGAGGAGCUACUGGCCACCGUUGAUGGUCACUGGGACAGUGAAGUGUUCAUUCACGAGAAGCGCUCGGGCCAGCAGGAGACGUUGUGGAACCCAAGUCCAGAAAUUCGCAGCGGUCGACUCAAGAGACAAGUGGUCCAGAUAGACCAGCAGGGAGAGUUUGAGUCUGAAAGACUGUGGCAGCAUGUGACCAGUGCCAUCAUGGAUCGGGACCAGCUGCGGGCCACGCAGGAGAAGUUUGUGCUGGAGGAAGCUCAGCGGAGAGAAGCCAGGGAGAGAGGAGACAAGCCCUGGAUCCCACGGCUUUUCCACCACGACUCCGUCAGCUCCGAGUGGACCUACAGGCACAUGGACGCGCGGCCGUGGGACCCGGAACAUUGUCUCGUUCAGUUUGAGAAGGACGGCGUGAUUCAGACACAUGAGAAAAGCCUGAGACAACACAACGGACUGUCCUACAGCCACAGCUGGGCCAGCCAACAAAAGGCUGAGGUGAACGGAAAGCACCGGAAGGCCAGCAGCCAGCCGUCCAGCUGCAGCCAGAACACGGAGAGCAGCAGCACCACGCCAGAACCCACGCACGAGUCGUCGGACAAUGAAGGUUUUUCCAACCAGUGUGCACGGUGCAGUAAAGAGGUGAAGGACAUCGCACUGAUAGAGGCUUCCAUAACUUCUAUACAGAAGACACAGCAGGAUAUCCAGAGGAACCUGGUGGCUCUGAGUCGUCAGCUGGCUCGUCAGAGGGCGACAGACGACAGCGUGUCGUUGACCGGCCGUCACUGUCUCAUCCUCUGUGUCCUGCUCCUCUCUCAGCUCCUCCUCAACUACGUCUUCACCUGAGCCAGCUCCUCUGGGAGGAGUUUCCCCUCUGGCACUGAUCUGGCUACAGAGCCUUCCGAAAAGCACAGACUCCAAUCAGCAGAGGGUAACACAGACCUCAGAUCAGUGUUGGGAGGGCAACUUUUGCCCUUUGUUUCCUCUACGACGGGGAGGAGCACGGACAUUAUAGCAAUAAACACAGCCACAGCCACCGCCUGUCAGUCAUCUGCAGAGAGGAACGGCACCCCCUAGUGUAGCCAGACUGAAACAGCACCGGCACCCACGCACUUUGGACAGGAGAGGAGGGACGAGAGACGAGCACGGCUAGAAAGAUUUUAGAAUAAAAGAUGAAAUGUAUGAUGAAGAAUGAUUUUGCAAAAAGAAAUGACAGAGAGGAUGUUUCACCAUUCCUUAGUGUCUUUUUAUAUUGCCCUGCAAUACUGUUUAUCUGUGAGUGUGCCUGUGUGUGUGUCGUUCGUACCUACAGUAGGCCCUAUGGGCGCAGGCUGAUCACCGCUUGGACUUCUCCUUCUCCCCUUCCACUCCAGAUUCUGGGCCUUAAUGCUGAAGCCAAAAAGAAGAAGAAGAAAAACACAAGAUAUACAAAUGAGGAAGGAAAAUCUUCUAAACAGUGCAAUUGUGUGUUUUGUAGCGACAUACGGUAAAAUAACAACUCUGUCUUGUCUUUCAACGAUGAUGAUUUUACCAAAACAGUAUUUAUAAUCCGAAAGGAGUACUUGUUUACAGAGAGCACUGCAUGUGUUUGUAGUGACACAUGGAAGGAAGGAUAAUGGGAACGAGGCAGGGCAGAGAGCCAAACAGUGUCUUUGUAUCUGUGUGCCUGUAGUGCUGUAACUGAAGGGACGAUAGAAUAGCACUGCUUUAGUCUAGACCAUGACACUAGUGUGUACAAUCAGUUACAUGAAGAAGCGUGUUCAGGAAGGGACAGAGGGAGCAACUGGUGAAAAAAUAAGAAACAAAUCUGGCCUAAUAACAAGGGGAUUGUGUGCAUCUUGGUUCACACCAUGUUCAAGUGACUGUUUUAGAUGUAGGCGAAACACUUAGUAAGGAGGUGUUUUUUUUCUUUUAAUCGGUUUGUAUAUAUUUGUCUGGCAGUCUGUUUCAAAAAGAGAUUUCAGAAUGUAUUUAUUAUGUCGCUAACCUUGGCUUUCCUAAUCUAAAUCAGCUUGGAGGACAGAGACCAGGGGUGACAAUCGCUCUCCCAGGGGUUGUGUGGGUUCGUCAUUUUGUGUAUGUCUGCGUGUGUGUGUGUGUGUGUGUGUGUGUGUGUGUGUGUGUGUGUGUGUGUGUGUGUGUGUGUGUGUGUGUGUGUGUGUGUGUGUGUGUGUGUGUGUGAAUAAGCCAUUACAGUCAUGCUUAAACAAAGCCAGGUCUGUGAUCUUGGUUGUUUUUUAUUAUUUACUGGUUUUUAAGUCCUUGAAUUUCAGUCUCAUUGCCAGUACUGAUCUACCGGAGAGCACAAGAAGGAAGUCGACUCUUUGAAUGCUUUUAUUUACACCUUAAUUUGUUUAUUCUUUUCAUUAUUAUCCUGUUUUCUACUCUGUUGCCAUGUUGUGGGGAUUCUACAUGCCUGAUAUUUUUGUCAUAUGGAACAAAAACUAAAGAUAAAAUGAUGAUGCCCGAUGUUUUCAUUCAUACCUGUUGCAUACUGUAGCACUACAGUAAAAGGUUUUAACCCUGA